AUGGGUGAUGUCUGUACUAAGAUUCUGCAAAGAUUGAAAGUGCAGGCUCGCAGUUGGGUGAUCCUUUUGAGGUUUCAGCAGAGAAGGAAAUCACAGAAGCAGAUAGCUCCGUAUCAGAGAGCAAUGGAGCAGAUUCUGAGGUGCCACAGGGAACCAGAGACAGCUGAAAAUGGGGGUGAAACUACCUUCAGCUAUGAUCGUCUGAAAGCGAAGUCCACCAAUCCAGUCAGAGGAAUUGACUAUAAACAAAGAGAGGCCUACUUAUCAGAAGCCGAGUUCCAGAAGGUUCUAGGCAUGACCAAAGAAGCAUUUUAUCGACAACCCAAAUGGAGCUUUCCCGGCCUGGUGCCAUGGAUCUUAUCCAGCUUAACGAUGUGUUUGCUUGUGUGCUAUCUUUCCUCUCCAAUUUUUUGGUUCCUCGUGGAUUUGCAGUCAUGUCGGGAGCGGUCUUCCUUUGGUUUUUUUGUUGGUGAGCAACAUUUGUUUGCUUGGGUAAGUUUGGGAGUUGGUAGGCAUUCUUUUAUUUCUAGCAAUCAUCCCGAGUAUGGCUGCUCAAGCAUAUAGUCGUCGUGCGUACAUGUUUUGUGUUUGAUACAUAUGGAUCAUGUAUGCUUAGGUAAAUAUGUGCAUUGAAUCGAUGACAAGGUCAACUUGGGGUUGAA